AUGGAACGGCAGCUCCACGAGGGGAUGAUGACGCGCGUCACGGACAACGACGCAAUCUCCGAGGCAUUUGCAGCGACCAAUGGAAUGAAACAGAGCUUCGUACUCGCUCCCACCCUCUUCAGUUUCAUGUCCUCUGCUAUACUGAUGGACCCCUGCCGUGAUGAGCACCCUGGGAUCAGCAUUGUCUGUAUGACCGAUGGCCAUCUUCUCAAUUACCGGCGCAUGCAGGCCCCAACGUGUCUAUCCACGACCUGCUCUUCAUGGAAGACUGCGCGCUCAACGCCGCGACAGAAGUAGACAUGCAACGGAGCAUGGACCUUUUCGCCGCCGGCCGAGCCAACGUUAGGCUGGCCAUCAACAAGGACAAAACGGUGAUCAUUCAUCUGCCGUCAACCGACAUUGAACACAAUAUCCCUCGCAUCAUCGUCAAUGGAACCCAAAUCAAAACCGUCAACAAAUUUGUCCACUUAGGCAGCACAAUCUCACGCAGCAUCAAAAUUAAUGACGAAGUGGCCCACCGGAUCUCCAAAGCUGACCGGGCCUUGGGUUGA